ACCCCAUUCUUGUUCCUAAUGAGUGGAAAGUCUAUUUAUAAAAAUAGGAAUAAGAGGUGCGAUCGCCUAGCAACACAUGUCUUCUUGUUUAGCGCUAAAAAUCGGAUAUAUAGACAAAACACACACACACGUACACAGAGUGGAGCUGAAAACUCUCUAUUUCAAUUUUGACUCACCAUUACGAAAGCGUUUUCUCCGUUCUAUCUCGAGGAAACGACUAACUAUUGAAAUCUCAGCGCUUGAUGCGCUUAUGGUCUUGGCAAUUCAAGCGCCGUUAGUCAGUUAAUUAUGAGGGUUAACAAGCCUAAACUUGAAUACAAAUUAGUUCAUCUCUACAGCUAGACCCAAGGGAGCGCCUUGACUUAUUAUUGUAAAAACACAAACAAUUGAUAACUUAACAAGGAUCAAUUUAAACACGUGACAAAUAAAUUGACAAGACACGAGAUACAGUUUUAAAAACUUUAUUGAAAACCAGGGACAAAAAGAGUCAAAUAAACAGCGAUUUGGAAGGGAUGGAACUUAGACCUCCUCUUCGUUAUUCUCUUUAGAAGGUGAAUAAAAAUUGGUUUCCAAAGUCUUGGCGUUUUUGUGUGUAAUUGCUCCACAAUCGUGACAUCGAAGAAAGCCCUAUUUGGUAUAAUUUCUCUCCUCGGGGAUCUGGUGAUCGCAUAGAGGACAAAUGGUGUAGUUAUCGUGCCAAAAGCAUUUAGGACAUUUCAUGAUCAAUGUGGAGUACACAUUAGAGUUUUCGCAAUGUUCACAGGGACUUUUAGAGUGAAAGGUGAUGGACGUUUCAGGGCUACUACUUUCUGUUUCCUCACUAUCAUUUUCAUUGUCGUUGUCGCUCUCUUGGGUGCCUUCAGUUUCAACGCCAUUUUCAGAAGCCACUUCUUCCUCCUCCUCCUCCUGAUUUUCAAUAUCCAAUGAACUCUCCCCAAUAUUACUCUCAUUAUCGGAAGUAUUUUCUACAUUUCGGUAGCCUUUUUCCUUUUCUAUUAAAUCACUUAACAACUUUUGUUCUUGAUUAAGCCUUUAUCGAUUCCUAACUCUGCAAGUCCAUCUAGAAACGUAUUCAGCGCACAAGGCUUAGUAACCUCAUUGUUAUGAGGGAGUAACACAUACUCAACUAGCUCGGCGAUGUUUGUGACGGGAAUAGUGCGUUUAUUUCGAAGUAAUUGUCCGCUUCAUUUUGCUGAGUACCCGUGACAGACCGUAGCUUCAAAUGAGUAACUUAUAGUUUUGUUUCCUCUUUUAUAGCAUCAAAAAUUCUAGGCUUGUAACAGCAGGUACCAAUAGGUCUUGAAUAAAACCACCACCCUCUUGUACACGGAUUCGCUUCUUUGUUUUGUAAGGGACAUUUGUUUUUGCUAGGUUUGCUAGAGCAUCCUUAUAUGGCAACACGUUCCGCUUAUUUUCUUCGGGGAUAAGAAUGUAUUUCUUAAGUAUAUUGUAUAAGACUUGGACUAAUGCAUGUAGUUGUUGUGGACUAAAAGAAAAAGAAACUGUUGCUAAUGAGCUGGACAAACAGCUAAGAAUUGAAGAAAACGACGAUUGUUCUUGACAGCUUGAGACAUUGCGACAAACUGAACUUAUUAUAGUAGUUUGCAGUCUUUUAUUGACUGUCGUGGAGAAAAACAAUGGAAAUGUGGUGGCGGUGGUGGUGGUGGUGGUGGUGAAGGGAAAACAAUAGAAACGUGGUGGCGGUGGUGGAGGGAAAACAAUAGAAAUGUGGUGGCGGUGGCGGUGGUGGAGGAAAACUAUUGAAUUUCAGAGCCUUCAAAACUAUAUCAACGCGCAUUAUGCUAGCAUUUUCUCAGUCUACAUUCUGCUCCUGAGGAGCUGACAGGAGUUGGUUCUGUUCCGUUUGUGAAAAAUCAUUUAGUAGAAAGGAUAGCAUGCAAAGGCACGUGAUGUCUAAACACCACAAUGUUGGUCUCACACCAUUUCAAACAGUUCCGUUUUCACAGAAAUGUCAGCGGUUUCGAUUCGAGCAUCCUUUUACCUCCAUGAUUGCCGGAAUGACCGGCUCAGGAAAAACGGCCUGGGUUCGAUCUCUUUUGCAACAAGCUUCAGAGACAAUUUAACCUCCCCCGGAGAGGAUUGUUUGGUGUUAUUCACAAUGGCAGCCUGCGUAUACAGAAAUGCUAGUCGCCAUGCCACACAUUGAAUUCGUGAAGGGAAUUCCCACGGCUUUGGAGCAGGAUUCCUAUUUUGAUGUGAACAAACGGAAUUUGAUCGUGUUUGAUGAUCAAGUGAUUGACGCCAGUAAAGACAAGCGAAUUGUGAACCUCUUUACUCGUGGUUCUCAUCAUCGCAAUCUAAGCGUGAUUUAUAUCGUGCAGAAUCUAUUUCACCAAGGGAAAGGUAGUCGCAGCAUAAGCCUAAACAGCCAUUAUUUGGUGUUAUUCAAGAACCCACGAGACAAAUUGCAAAUCUUGACUCUUGCCGAGCAAAUGAAUCCCGGGCAAACUGAUUUCUUUUUAAAUCAAUACGAGGAGGCUGUAAAAAGACCUUUUGGUUAUCUGCUGAUUGAUCUGAAAAAACUACUACCCAAGAUAAUUGUCGACUGCGAACAAACGUCCUGCCCAGUGAAGAAGCUUUUAACCAAGCAGGGUUUCAAGAAAAUAUUCCUCAAGAGCUUUUAAAAUAUCUAAAGCAGCAAAAUCUUUCGCCUGUACCACUUCUUCCAGCUAUGCAAGAAAUACAGGGCAACAUGGAUGACUUGCUUUCUCGAAACGAUCUUCGGGACGAUGAAAAAGCUAAGAGAUACUUUCAGUUGCAAAACAGAUACCUGGCUUUUGAAGAACAAUUAAAUACAAGAACACGACCGGAAGAAAGCACUGUUCCAGACUUAACAUUAAGCACACAAGAUUCUUCGACAGCAACGGCAACAUUCUCCACUCCCAUUAACCCCUUCAACGUAACACCUCAAUUAACACAAGCGGCUAUCUUACAAAAACCUGAAAACGAAAGCGCCAUCCCAUCACUACCCUUAAAUCCUGCUUUCCUGACCCCUCCUCCCACAGUAGAAACCCCAUCACAAGGCCCGAAGCUCAAAAGGCGUCGGAUUCAAUUUGUAAAUUAUAAGGAUGAUCAUAAAGCUCAUGGCAAACAGAGGAAACGAACUCGGCAUAAGAAAUUUCGAGUUAGACCUUACAAGUACUCCAUGGGCGAAGAAGAUGAUUAAUUUCCAUCCCUUCCAAAUCGCUGUUUAUUUGACUCUUCUUGUCACUGGUUUUCAAUAAAGUUUUUAAAACUGUAUCUCGUGUCUUGUCAAUAUAUUUGUCGCGUGUUUAAAUUGAUCCUUGUUAAGUUAUCAAUUGUUUGUGUUUUUACAAUAAUAAGUCAAGGCGCUCCCUUGGGUCUAGCUGUAGAGAUGAACUAAUUUGUAUUCAAGUUUAGGCUUGUUAACCCGCAUAAUUAACUGACUAACGGCGCUUGAAUUGCCAAGACCAUAAGCGCAUCAAGCGCUGAGAUUUCAAUAGUUAGUCGUUUCCUCGAGAUAGAACGGAGAAAACGCUUUCGUAAUGGUGAGUCAAAAUUGAAAUAGAGAGUUUUCAGCUCCACUCUGUGUACGUGUGUGUGUGUUUUGUCUCUAUAUCCGAUUUUUAGCGCUAAACAAGAAGACAUGUGUUGCUAGGCGAUCGCACCUCUUAUUCCUAUUUUUAUAAAUAGACUUUCCACUCAGGAACAAGAAUGGGGUUUAUUUAAGAACCAAAAGAGCUAGGGUUUACUUUAGAACCACCUGUUGUUUUCUAUAGAAUUUUCAUACCCUGUGCAAUACUUUCUACAGUCACGUAAACAAAGAUUGACACUUUUGCUUGAUAGGCAGUUUUUCGCUACGCUGAGCUUCGACCUCAUUUUCAUGUUUUGCCUGAAAAAUUUGUACAAUUUGGCAUUCGUUUAACCUCCUUUUCCCUUCUUUUGAAGUAAAAAUUUUUCAAUUAACCUCCUUGUCUUGGUUUCGUUAUAACCGAUUUUUAGUGAAAAUAAUUUAAUGAUUGAAGAUUUUUCAUUUAGUAUAAUGUGCAAAGAUAACACGUUCAAAAUUUGCCCGCUUUUAUUUUGAACACAUGACAGUUUCUACAAUAUCCAAUCAGAAGACUAUAGCAAACAAUAUCUAAUCAGAAGACUAUAGCAAAUAGCUAAUUAUAUAAAAAUCACUUCUGUUUAUAGAUUAUGAUCUCAACAUUUUUUGAUGACUUCAACUCUAGGAAAUUCUGACGUCACUUGCUCCUUGCCAGCUACACAUAAACUGUGACAUCAUCCUAUCUAUAUGACAUGCAUGACGUCAGCCAGCUUAAAGUAAAUUAUGACAUUAUCCUAUCUUAAUGGCAUGCAUGACGUCAUCGGCAUUAAUUUAAAGUGUGACAUCCUAUGUUAAUGAGAUGCAUGACGUCAUCUGCGUUAAUCUAUACCACACAAAAAGUUAAUUAAAUCCACAAAAAAAAGGAGUAACCGGUGCCUUAUCCACUACUUUCGUUGACCAUAAGCAACAAGUUAGUAGAAAUAAGGUCGGUCAACGAAGGUAAGAAGGUGAUCUAGAAUGUUCAUACCCUGUUCAAUACUUUCUACAGAGUCACGUAAUCAAAGAUUGACACUUUUGCUUGAUAGGCAGUUUUUCGCUUCGCUGAGCUUCGACCUCGUUUUCAUGUUUUGCCUGAAAAAUUUGUACAAUUUCGCUUCGCUUAACCUCCUUUUCCCUUCUUUUGAAGUAAAAAUUUUUCAAUUAACCUCCUUGUCUUGGUUUUGUUUAUAACCGAUUUUUAGUGAAAAUAAUUUAAUGAUUAAAGAUUUUUCAUUUAGUAUAACCUGCAAAGAUAACACGUUCAAAAUUUGCCCGCUUUUAUUUUGAACGCAUGACAGUUUCUACAACAUCCAAUCAGAAGACUAUAGCAAACAAUAUCUAAUCAGCAAACUGUAGCAAAUAGCUAAUUAUAUAAAAAUCACUUUUCUGUUUAUAGAUUAUGAUCUCAACAUUUUUUGAUGACGUGAACUCU